AUGGGUCUCCGUGGAACAGUAGACAUGCUGGCACCUAGGCAGCCUUUGCCAAACUCCAGAGCAAACUCUGAAACCCUACUUGGUCAGUCCCUGGCAAGCCUGAGCUUUCUAGCUCCAGGGCCCCGCAGCUUCUCCUCUCUCCUGUUGCUGACCUCCUCGGGCACAGAGCCGCCGUCCCUGCCGGUAUCCAGACCCCGCCAGGCCACGAGGAGCACCGGGGGACGUGGCACCCGGACACACGCUUCUCCUCCACGCAAAACGGUGCCGGAUCCACCACGCACCCAUCUUCUCGGCUUUAUCUCUGCGAAGCGCCUCCCGAGCGCUGAAGCAGCGGAACGCGGCGCUAACGCUCUGUUUGGAGGAGACGCCCGUGUGCGGCUCACGCCCGCCCAGACAGACGUACGAGCACCCACGGGAGCCGGCUCAGGCCGCCACCCCGCAGCAGCAGCACUAACGACGCCGAGUUUCCCCUCCGGACCCGCCAGCGCCGAGCAAGGCCGAUCGUUUUACCCAACCCACACUGGCGGCAGAUCCCUCGGGCCCGCGCCCAGCCCGCCCCCGCUGCCUGACAGCGCGCCGGGACGCACACGGCCCGUCCUCUCUCGGGGCUGCGCUCCUCUACCGGGCACGCUGCUUCUGCGGAAAAAUAGCUCGCUGGGAGCCGGCCCAGCAGGGGGACGCCGCUGCCGGGCACACCAGGCCCGGCGACCCGGCCUGCAGCGGGACGGCCUCCUGCGGCAGUGCAUGGCCCGCCCCGGCACAGCCGGCGGCCGCCAGCCCCCACCACUGCUUACGUUGUCUCAUAUCACACAGCUGGUUCUGAGUCACAACAAGCUUACAACUGUGCCAGCAAACAUCGCAGACCUGAGAAACAUAGAAGUGCUCAACUUUUUCAACAACCAGAUUGAGGAGCUGCCCACACAGAUCAGCAGCCUACAGAAGCUCAAACACCUGAAUCUUGGCAUGAACAGGUUAAACACCUUGCCAAGGGGAUUUGGCUCUUUACCAGCUCUGGAGGUUCUUGACUUGACUUACAACAAUUUAAAUGAAAAUUCUCUACCAGGAAACUUCUUCUAUCUGACCACCCUGCGUGCACUCUAUCUAAGUGACAACGAUUUUGAAAUCCUGCCGCCAGAUAUUGGGAAGCUCACGAAGUUGCAGAUACUGAGUCUUAGAGACAAUGACCUGAUAUCACUGCCUAAAGAAAUUGGUGAGCUCACUCAGCUUAAGGAACUUCACAUCCAGGGAAAUCGUCUUACUGUGCUGCCCCCAGAACUAGGUAAUUUGGAUUUGACUGGUCAAAAGCAAGUCUUCAAAGCAGAGAACAAUCCUUGGGUUACCCCUAUUGCUGACCAGUUCCAGCUGGGAGUAUCUCAUGUGUUUGAAUACAUUCGUUCAGAAACAUAUAAAUAUCUUUAUGGCAGACACAUGCAGGCGAACCCUGAACCUCCAAAGAAGAACAAUGACAAGUCAAAGAAGAUCAGCCGUAAGCCUCUGGCAGCCAAGAACAAAUAAGUCCCUGGCUUCUGCCUUGUUUUUAUAUCUUUUACAUUUCUUUUGCAUGUGCCUAUAAUGUUCCUACGCAUCUCCUGUUACUCAUAAGAAAGCAGACACUAGAGGUAAAAGCAAUUUACUAUGUAUACUGCUUUAGAAGAUACUGCUUAAGGAACACAAAAUUGCGUAUUCUACUAAUUAUGGUCACAUUUGUGUAGCCAUUAAAUAUAUCGCUGUUAAACACCUUUUAGCUUUUCUAUUUAUACGGAUAUUAACGUCUUCUCUUCACAUGUGUCACAUCCUGUUAAUACCAGGGGGUUUACACCUAUAUUAUAUGAUAUUAAAUUUCAUAUAAUAUUC